UCAAACAACGAAAUCAUGCGUGAAUGUAUAUCUGUCCAUGUUGGCCAAGCAGGAGCUCAGAUAGGCAAUGCCUGCUGGGAGCUCUACUGCCUGGAACAUGGCAUUCAGCCGGACGGUCAGAUGCCCAGUGACAAGACCAUUGGAGGAGGAGACGACUCCUUCAACACCUUCUUCAGUGAGACUGGAGCUGGCAAACAUGUUCCCAGGGCUGUCUUUGUGGACUUGGAGCCAACAGUCAUAGAUGAGGUCCGUACAGGAACUUACCGCCAGCUCUUCCAUCCUGAGCAGCUGAUCACUGGAAAGGAAGAUGCAGCCAACAACUAUGCUCGGGGCCACUACACCAUCGGCAAAGAGAUCAUCGACCUGGUUCUUGACAGGACUCGUAAACUGGCUGACCAGUGCACAGGGCUCCAAGGAUUCCUCAUCUUCCACUCCUUCGGAGGAGGAACCGGCUCUGGCUUCACCUCUCUGCUGAUGGAGCGUCUCUCUGUUGACUAUGGCAAAAAGUCCAAACUGGAGUUUGCCAUCUAUCCAGCCCCCCAGGUGUCCACGGCUGUGGUGGAGCCCUACAAUGCCAUCCUGACCACCCACACCACCCUGGAGCACUCUGACUGCGCCUUCAUGGUGGACAACGAGGCCAUCUAUGACAUCUGCCGCAGGAACCUGGACAUCGAGCGUCCCACUUACACCAACCUCAACAGGCUGAUUGGACAGAUCGUCUCCUCCAUCACAGCCUCCUUGCGCUUCGACGGCGCCUUGAACGUGGACCUGACGGAGUUCCAGACCAACCUGGUGCCCUACCCACGUAUCCACUUCCCACUGGCAACGUACGCCCCAGUUAUCUCAGCUGAGAAGGCCUAUCACGAGCAGUUAUCAGUGGCAGAGAUCACCAACGCCUGCUUCGAGCCAGCCAAUCAGAUGGUGAAAUGCGACCCUCGCCACGGCAAGUACAUGGCCUGCUGUCUCCUGUACCGUGGUGAUGUGGUGCCCAAAGAUGUCAACUCCGCCAUCGCCACCAUCAAAACCAAGCGCACCAUCCAGUUUGUGGACUGGUGUCCCACUGGCUUCAAGGUGGGCAUCAACUACCAGCCUCCCACUGUGGUUCCUGGAGGAGACCUGGCCAAGGUGCAGAGGGCCGUGUGCAUGCUGAGCAACACCACCGCCAUCGCAGAGGCCUGGGCUCGACUCGACCACAAGUUUGACCUCAUGUACGCCAAGAGGGCCUUCGUCCACUGGUACGUGGGAGAGGGGAUGGAAGAGGGAGAGUUCUCAGAGGCCAGAGAGGACAUGGCUGCACUGGAGAAGGAUUAUGAAGAGGUGGGAACCGACAGCGUUGGGGAUGAAGGAGAGGAAGAGGGGGAGGAAUAUUAAGUUUGAAAUAAACAAACAAAACCACCAUUGACUGGGUUCUUAUUAGGUGUCACGAUGCUUCAAACAAACUAGAUUGCAGAAUGUGUCUAAAGAGCACAAAUGAGUCUCUCCUGGAAGGCAUUCACGUUGUUGCUCUAUACGUAUAUAUGUUAAAAGUGAUGUCAGUUGCUGUGUGAAGGGGAAAUUUUCCAGAAUUGACGAACGGCAGGUUUCAGAGGCUCUUAGACGAUUCCACAAGCACUUUGUUUGAAGCAUACUGAGGCCUUUUGUUGCCACACAUGUUAAUUAUGUAAUGGAAUCCAGCCAAUGAAAAGGUACACCUCAAUAACAAGGUUAUUUUUAUUUGUGUGAAAAUCAACUGGUCUGGUUGGCAGGAACUGUGACAUAUAGCUACUGUGAAAAUGCAAAUUCAUGCCUAGAGGUGCUAAAAUUCCUCCUAAUCUUUGCCUCCUUUCAAUGCUAUGCUGCAUAACAACAGAACUCUGCUUUACCAUUGUAUAGCCACUGUUUGGCUGCACUGUGUAACAAGACAAGUGUCUGAUCAAUUGAACGGUAUAGAGAACCCCACUGUUUACAAAUGCCUUGCCAUUGAAGCAGGGAAUUAGAAACUAUAGAGUUUUGUUGCAGAAUAUUUAUUGUUCAGAUAAAAUCAUUGAGACUUCUACUCUAUGCUAAACAGACGGUUAUGUGUUCUCAAAUUUUAUAGGAAUAUUCUAUGUUUGACAGAUUUUUAUUAACACAAGUCAAGCUGUAAAUUAUCUGCAAAAUUCACGUCAAUAUCGAAGGAGAGUAUGAGGAAUCCGGUGUCAAGAUAUCAUCUUUCCAAUGUGUCCCUGUGUUGAACCAAUAAACUUAAGACAUGUUUCCA